AAGGUGGUACAGAGUACAGCUGGUGGAGCUACUGCCUCAGUGCCAGAAAAACAGAUUCAAUCCUGAACUUAGGUGCUGUUUUCAUGGGGUUUGCAUGUUCUCCCUGUAAGCACGUAAAUUUCCUCUGUGGUUUCCACCCACAUCCCUAAGACGUACGGGUUGGUAGGUUAAUUGGCCUCUAAAAUUACAGGGUGUAGGGAGUGGAUGAGAAAUUUGGACGACAAAACUAGUGUGAACAGGUGUUUGAUGGUCAGCGUAGACUUGGAUGGCUGAAGAGCCUGUUUCCUGGCUGUAUUUUCAAAACUAUAAGUAAACUAAAACUUGAACCACAAAUGGUAAUCAACCUGUUCUAUGAUGUCACAAUAUCUUCCUCAUGAUGAUUUAAAAGUUAUUUCAGCAGUGUGAUCAGGCCACAUUUCCCAUCCAACAUUUUGUGUUUCAAGAUGAAUUUGUCUGUUUAAUGUUCAUCACAUCUUCUGGACUAGCUGAAGUGCUUUUAAAACCUUUGACAGAAUGAAAAAUUGGGAUACUCUUCAGAAUCGAUAUCUCUUGGUUUGAACAGAACAUCUACCACUUCUAAUGAAAAAUGGGUGAUACAAGAUGCAAGUAUAACUGAAGUGACUGCUGAAAAAUCUGUCGUAAGAGUCGAGUGGCUGGAGGAUUCCAUAUCGAAAGCCAAAGAGAUUGACAUUGAAAACUUGCUGUUGUUAAAUCCUAACUUAGUAGAAAAGAUGCCACCUCCAAGCCUCCCAAGAAGGAGAACACAGAUCCCAAAACGUGAAUUGGCUCUGCCAAGGAAUGGAAUCGCAAACCCUCUCUCUGAUGAUCAUGAAGUACGGUCCACUCGUUCAAGAGCACAAGCACAAGCUGCAUUGGAAGUACAAAUUGCGCCCAAUUUGAGAAUGGCUGAAGUAGAACCUGUAAACUACAAGAACGUCUCUGCAGUGAAAUGUUUUGCAGGAAGAAAAUCCACUUGUGUAAGAGAAACUGAAAGAUUGAAGAAACAGCGGGAUGAUAGGCGAACGCAGCUUCACGAAAUAAGGGGGAAACGUGCUCAGGAAUAUGACACCAGCAAUCCAAACUGGGAAUUCAUGAAAAUGAUUACAGAAUUUAGAGCAUCUCUAGAUUGUUAUCAUCCACUGUCUACUUCCGAUCCUGUUGAGUUGCACAAAAUAUGCGUCUGUGUCCGGAAACGGCCACUCAGCAGAAAAGAAAAAAUGAAAAAAGAGAUUGAUGUUAUUACCGUUUCAAGUAAAAAUGUUGUCCUUGUGCAUGAGCCAAAGAUGAAAGUUGAUCUCACCAAGUUCUUGGAUAACCAGCCUUUCAAAUUUGACUAUGUCUUUGAUGAUUCAGCUAUCAACGAAGAAGUAUAUAGGUUCACAGCAAAGCCUUUGGUACAAACCAUCUUUGAAAGAGGAAUGGCUACCUGUUUUGCCUAUGGGCAGACUGGAAGUGGCAAGACUCAUACAAUGGGUGGUGAUUUCUCUGGGAAGAAUCAAGACUCUUCCAAAGGAAUCUACGCACUUGCAACUCAAGAUGUAUUUUCGCUGCUUGAACAGCCCCGAUACAAGGAUCUUAAUCUGAAAGUAUUUGUAAGCUUUUUUGAAAUCUAUAGCGGUAAGGUAUUUGAUCUCUUGAAUAAGAAAACAAAGUUGCGUAUAAUGGAAGACAACAAACAACAAGUGCAGAUAGUAGGGCUGCUAGAGCAGGAUGUCUUCUGUGUAGAUGAUGUGAUCAUGAAUAUUGAUAUGGGGAGUAAUUACAGGACUUCGGGGCAAACCUCUGCAAAUAAUUACUCAUCCAGGUCACAUGCAGUCUUCCAAAUAAUUCUACGAAAGAAGGAUAAGCUUUAUGGACAGUUUUCGCUCAUUGAUCUGGCUGGAAAUGAGCGAGGUGCUGACACUAAUAGUGCAGACAGACUAACACGAAUGGAAAGUUCAGAAAUCAAUAAAAGUCUACUUGCCUUGAAGGAGUGCAUUCGAUCAUUGGGCCAGAAUAAUAACUAUACACCUUUCCGAGCGAGCAAGCUAACUUUGGUGCUGAGAGAUUCAUUUAUUGGUGAAAACUCGAGAACCUGCAUGAUGGCAAUGAUUUCACCAGGCUUAAAUUCGUGUGAGCACACUCUAAACACAUUGAGAUAUGCAGACAGGGUGAAAGAACUGUGUGUUGACACUCCCAAUGAACCAGAAUGUUCUACAAUCUCUCAAGGGAACGAAAUCAAUGAAUCCUUGGAACAGUCUGAUAUUCGGUUGCUUUGUGAGCAAAUUCCUGGCAAAAAUGAAGUUCUAAGUGAGAAUCAGGAAAUGUUUACAGCGCAAGGUGGUUUGGACGUACCUCAGGAGGCACCAUCAAAGAUUUGUGACAUGCACGUAGAUGUUUCUAGACUACUUGAAUUGGAAGAACAGGUGGUGGAUGAACAUCGAGAAAUUCAGCAGAAAUUACUGCAGUGGGGCGAUGCAGAUAACAAGCUCUUGAAGAUGACUCAACUACCUGACUUUAACCUUGAAACCUACACCAACAUCUUGCAAUCGUACAUGGAUGAGAGGAUGGAAAUAUUCGAAGAAUUUGACAAAAGCUUGAAAGCCUUGCGACAAGCUUUGCAGAAGGAAGAGCAAGCUGCUAAAAUUAAAGGUUGAUGCCACAGCCUGCAUUUUGGGGAUCUUGAGAUGUUCAAGUGUUCAGAUUGUAACUUGUGGUCACUGGAUUCAACUUUCAUUCACCCAGGGGCUGCAAAUUUUGUACGUGUUCCUCUUUAAUGUUUGUGUCCUCACAAUCGUCUUUCUAAAACUUUUGUCUAUAUGACUUUCUUAGAUGUUUUCUUUUGGAAAAUGUACAGAUUUAUAUCUAGUAUAUAAUAUACUUGAACUUGCUUUGUGAUGCAUAACUAAAAGUGCAAGUUUGCAUACAUAGAUAGUGAUGCAGUUAUGAUGUUUAGUCAGUUAUGAUUAGUUUUUUCAGAAUGCAUUGAUUUCUCUCAUCCUUCCAUUGCGUAUGAGAAAGUGAACUUAUUUAAAGGUAGAAAACUUGUAUUUAUGUAGGACAGUGGAACUGCACCUUUUUCCAUAGUUCUUUGUGCCUUGAUGUUAAUAUGACUACACUGGGGCACAUUUGUUUUCAUUCAAUGACUCAAAAUUUAGCAGAAUAUUUCAUGAGUUGUGAAAGUGUUUAAUACACGCAAAACCUGUUAAAUAUUUCGUAAGGCUCCAGAAGGAUAACCUGCUUGUUUGGGUUUAAUGACCAAUGACUGACUGGUGUUUUCAGCAUGUUUAUAAUUAAAAGUCUAUUUAGUGUGUAGAUAGAAUACUACCAUUAUCUCCUUUUAAAAUUUGCGAUGUCUCUUAGCCUGCUAAAAUGGUUUUAGAUUUUUUUGGUUAACUAAAAUUUUAUAAAUUGGCUGUAGAACAUUGUGAUUCUUCUAUUGUAUUGCCAAGAAUUGUACAAUUUGGAGUCUGGAAGAACCAAAGUUAACCAUUGCAAACUUAUUUCUGAUAUUGUUCAACCCAGAGUACAAAGCAAACCAUCAUAAAUCUGCUUAAUUCACUUUAACCAUUUUCAUAUUCUGUAUAUUCAAAAAUGGAGUAGAAGGAGAGAAAUCAAUUGAAUCACAAUUCUGAAAUAUGCCACCUUUUUUAAUGAAAAACUGUCUGGCAAAGAACUGAAUUAAGGUUUUUUAGUCUUUCAAAUGAUUGGUACGCAUGAUGGAAAGUCAAAUAUGAACUUUCUUUUGUCUGUGUCCACUCCAGACUGCAUAAUCCACUGAAAUUUGUUAAAUUGAGGAAUCAUACUGUAACAUUUUUUUGACAUUUAAUAAAGAUAAUGAAAUAC